GGGCUCCCCGCCCUGGGGACAGCUGGCAGCCCCGCGCCGGACUAGACACAAAGCGGAUCAAUCCCCGCGGCGCGGGCGGCGGGGGAAGGAGCCGCAGGGCUGUCCCUUCCGCAACUCUCCUUCCCUAGCCUCCUCGCUAGGACCCCGCGGACACCUCGUCAGACUUCCACGGCCCUGCCCCUCUCACCAUUCGCCCACCCGCAAAGAGAACGGCCCCAGAUUCCCCAUCCCCGGGAGCGGGAAGACCUGCGCCUGGGCAUCCAGCUGAGAAGGCGCCCCCUGGAAGCGGGGAAACUGACGUCCCUCCGGGAUCCACCCCCUCCGCAACUCUCCCUCCCCUCCGCGAGUUUCUUCUUUCCCGCCCCAAAAGUUCAGGGGCUCCCGCCCUGCCUCCGGAGCUCCCGACGCCUGGACCCUCGACCUCGAAGGCACAGACAGUUUGGCCCCCGGGAAGAUGGCGAGGAGGAGGCGCCACCCCCUCCUCCUGCUGCUGCUGCGCUACCUGGUGGUCGCCCUGGGCUACCAUAAGGCCUAUGGAUUCGCUGCCCCAAAAGACCCUCAACCAAUCACAGCAAUAGAGUAUGAAGAAGCGAUUUUAUCCUGUAAAUACCCAAAGAAGACACUUCCCUCCAGAUUAGAGUGGAAGAAACUUGGGCGUAGCGUCUCAUUUGUCUACUAUCAACAGGCUCUUCAAGGUGAUUUUAAAGAUCGAGCUGAGAUGAUCGAUUUCAGUAUACGGAUCAAAAAUGUUACAAGAAAUGAUGCCGGGCAAUAUCGUUGUGAAGUUAGUGUCCCAUCGGAGCAAGGCCAACACCUGAGAGAGGAUAUGGUCACUCUAGAAGUAUUAGUGGCUCCAGCAGUUCCGUCAUGUGAAGUACCCAAUUCUGCUCUGAAUGGGAGGGUGGUCGAGCUACGAUGUCAAGAGAAAGAAGGAAAUCCAUCUCCUGAAUACACGUGGUUUAAGAAUGGCAUUCGUUUGCUAGAGAAUCCAAAAUUUAGCCUCCAAACCAUCAACAGCUCAUACACAAUAAAUAGAACAUCUGGAACUCUGCAAUUCAACCCCGUUUCAAAAUCGGACUCUGGAGAAUAUUCCUGUGAGGCCCGAAAUUCUGUUGGAUAUCGCAGGUGUCCCGGGAAACGGAUGCAAGUAGAUGAUCUCAACAUAGGUGGCAUCGUAGCAGCUUUGGUAGUUGUUGUUUUAGUGAUUUCCGUUUGUGGCCUUGGUGUGUGCUAUGCGCAGAGGAAAGGCUACUUUUCAAAAGAAACCUCCUUCCAGAAGAAUAAUUAUACAUUGAAAGCCACCACAAUGAGUGAAAAUAAUCCCAGAAUUAAUCCAGUCACCCAGAGAUUUUCUGAAUUGAGACCAGGCUGUGGUCAGAGUGCUCUGAACUACUCUGGGAUUCAAGCCUCAAGCUGUCCUCGGUUGGGAUCCACAUGUUGGGUUUAACAAGGAUUUCAAGCACACAAAAUCCUUUAUAAUUUAAAAGAAGUCUACCUUUGAGAUAUACCAAAAUCAUGGGUUAUUAAAUGAUUAUAAAACUCUGCUUUGUCUCACAUUUGCAAAGAGGUACCGGAGGAAAUGAAAUUGGUAUUUUGUUAUCAUUUUUAGGACUGCUAAAUCACCUGAAAUUGGUUAACAUUUUAAACACAGUUCUGUCAACAUCUAAAAUACCAUCUGGCUUCUUGUGUCUGGACUAAGAUAAAAGAAUCAAAAUACUUUGUAAUAGUCUGGGGUUUGUGAAAUGUUAAUAAAUGGUCUGACUUCUAGAAAAUGUUACUAAAAUAUCUCAUACUGAUUGUGAAAAUAAUCCACAGAGCAUGAAAAUAUUAACUGCACACACCCUUUGUGCAUGGGUCUGAUUUAGAGGAUUCAGAAAAUACUCUGACAGAGGCAAAAUGUACAUCUGGUCUAAUUUCUGCCAGAAUCCUCUUUUCUCCCCUAAUAUAAUCCUUAUUCUGUUAUUCUUUUAUCACAAAUACAUUCACAGAGGGGAGGUGGCAGAGGUGGGUUUUAUAUCCCAGGAUCUGUGCUUUGAGUUUACUACCAUUGAUGAAAACCAAAAGCAACAUGAAGAAAUAUACCUAAUAGCCAGAGCUUACAAGACGUGCACUAUGGGACUCUCCUGGUGUUUGUCCUUCAUCUCUUCAUUAAACAUGAUUUUGAGAGUCAAACACAAA